CUCAAUAAUUUACCGGUAGCAAAAGCCGUCCUUGUCCAUAGAGGUAAUGAGACAUUUUCCACAAAAAAUCCUCUAUUUUUUAAUUUAUCCGGCCGCUCUUAUGGUAUUCAAAAUGGUGGUUUUGGUUCUCCAAUUCGAAAUUUGGCUGCUGUUGCUUCCACCACCCUUAAUGUCCAUCCGCAUUCCUGGUCCACCAACAAUACAACGCCUCCCUCACCCUUACUUUAACAACAAACAUCCACCAACAAUACAACGCCUCCCUCACCCUUACUUUAACAACAAACAUUCACCAACAUCAUACUAUUGGAAUAAAAGAAAUUGA